UGUAUAUCAAUAAUGUCUCGUUGUACUAUAUAUGAACUGCUUUCUUAUUAUAGUUCUGGAGGAUUAAGUCAAAAGGCUGAUAAAGAUAUGUAGCCUAAUAAAAUAAUGUCGGUGUGAGUAGCAACAGCAGUGAAAAUCGUGUUUCAUAUUUUAAUCCCAUAGGGAUUGCAUUAAUAACUUUUUUCUUGUUCUGAGAUAAAUUAAGAAUUGGAUUUUAUACAUUUUAGAUUACUCCAUCCAUAUUUUGAUGAAAUUGAAGCAUUUGAACCAAAUGAAAGUUUAUUAAAAGAAGUCAAAGUUCAGUUAUCAAAAUCACUUGACGAAACAAAAUAUUUAUUUGUUGAUACACCUGAUAAACUUAAAAAAAUGAUAGAUCAUAUUGAAAAUCAAUCUGAAUUAGCAAUUGAUUUAGAACAUCAUUCUUAUCGUUCAUAUCAAGGUUUUACAUGUUUAAUGCAAAUAUCAUCACGUACAGAAGAUUUUCUAAUUGAUACAAUUGUAUUACGAGAUGAAUUAAAUAUUUUAAAUAAUAUUUUUACAAAUCCAAAUAUUGUUAAAGUUUUUCAUGGUGCAGAUUCUGAUAUUGAAUGGUUACAAAAAGAUUUUGGUCUUUAUAUUGUUAAUAUGUUUGAUACACAUCAAGCAGCACGAGAACUUAAUUUACCAGCAUUUUCACUUGCUUAUCUAUUAAAAUCUUAUUGUGAUAUUGAUGCUAAUAAACAAUUUCAAUUAGCUGAUUGGAGAAUAAGACCUUUACCAGAAGAAUAUCUUCGUUAUGCUCGUGAAGAUACACAUUAUCUUCUUUAUAUAUAUGAUUUAUUACGUAAUAGAUUAAUAGAAAAAAAUAUUCAAUUUCUUAAAACUGUUUAUGACAAAUCGAAAAUGAUUUGUCAAAAACUUUAUAAAAAACCAUAUUUUGAUGAUAAUGCAUAUCAAAAUAUUUAUUUAAAAUCACGUAAAACAUUUAAUAUUCGACAAUUAGCUGCUUUAAAAUCUCUUUAUUAUUGGCGCGAUAGAAUUGCUCGUCAAGAAGAUGAAUCAACUGGAUAUGUAUUACCGAAUCAUAUGCUUCUUCAAAUUUCAGAAAUUCUUCCAAGAGAACCUCAAGGUGUUCGUGCUUGUUGUAAUCCAGUACCAUUACUUGUUCAACAUAAUUUACAUGAUAUACAUCAAAUUAUUUUACAAGUUCGAGAUAUACCUUUAAUCGAAGAACCAAAAGAACAACACAUAGCACCAUUAACAUUACCUAUAUUAUAUGAUCCAGAAAAUGUUCUUAAUUAUCUUUCUUCUAUUCUUGAUGAAACAUUUAUUGAAGAAUCAAAUAAACGUGAUAAAUUAAACGAUUCAUUAUUACCAAUUCAAAUUAAUAAACAACUAUUACCAGUAUCAAAUAUUCGAUUAAAUAAAUCGACAAACUUUUUCGACAUGUAUAUGCCUGAAUCAUAUCGAACUGGUUCUUUGAUUAAAACAAAAUCAUUAUGGAAAAUUUAUUAUCCUGAUCGAGAUUUAUCAGUUAAUGGAAAAUCUAAUCAACAUGAUGUUAAUAAUCAAAAUAGUACUAAUAUUUCUAAAGAAAAAUCUUCUGAUGAUAUUGAAGUUAUUAUGCUUAAUAAACAAGUAAAUUUUGCAUAA